ACCUUUUUCAAAGUUUAUAAUCUUAAAUUAUUUAAAACAUGAUAUCAAUGUUUUGCUAUUUUCUUGCCUAUAAAAAAAUCCCACACCAAAGCACACAGUUAAGGGAAAAAAAAUGGCUUCUCUCUACGCAAAUUCUAAGAACACUCUUGUUAAUGGUUUGGACAAAUUCUCUGAUCCUAACUAUGUUUCAAUUUUCGACACGACGCUUCGUGAUGGAGAGCAAGCUCCUGGUGCCUCCAUGACGGCUACACAAAAGAUGGACAUUGCACGUCAGCUAGUCAAGCUUGGUGUUGAUGUAAUUGAGGCUGGUUUUCCAGCUUCCUCUGAGGUUGAGUUUGAGCUUGUAAAGUGUAUAGCACAUGAAAUUGGCAAUAGCGUAGAUGAAGAGGGCUAUGUACCAAUGAUUUGUGGUUUGGCGAGAUCUACUAAGGAAGAUAUCGAUAGAGCUUGGGAGAGCUUAAAGUAUGCAAAGACACCGAUGAUUCAUAUGUUUAUCUCGACAAGCGAUAUACAUAUGAAGUAUAAAUUAAAUAUGAGUAGAGAACAAGUUGUGGAGAGAGCAAGGAGCAUGGUGACUUAUGCAAGAAGUCUUGGGUUCAAGCAUGUUAGGUUUGGCUUGGAAGAUGCUACAAGAUCUGAUAAGGAGUUUGUUUAUCAUAUUAUUGGAGAAGUUAUUAAAGCUGGUGCAACAUGCAUUUGUGUUGCUGAUACUGUUGGAUGCAAUUUGCCAAAUGAAUUUGCACAACUAAUUGUUGACAUAAAAGCCAAUACAUUAGGUAUCCAAAAUGUGAUCCUUGCAGUACAUUGUCACAAUGAUCUUGGACUUGCUACUGCCAACACAUUAGCUGGAAUUUGUGCAGGAGUAAGACAAAUUGAUGUAACCAUCAAUGGUAUUGGUGAAAGAGCUGGAAAUGCUUCUCUAGAAGAGAUAGUAAUGGCCAUAAAAUGUCGUGGAGAGGAAGUACUAGGUGGUGUCUAUACUGGGAUUAAUACAAAACAUAUAUUCACCACAAGCAACAUGGUAGAGGAGUAUAGUGGGCUUAAGCUACAACCACAUAAGGCCAUUGUUGGCGCUAAUGCUUUUACUCAUGAAAGUGGAAUUCAUCAGGAUGGAAUAUUAAAGAACAGAGGCACAUAUGAAUUUAUAUCUGCUGAAGAUGUUGGAUUUAUUCGUGCUAGUGAACAUGGUAUUAAAUUGGGAAAACUCAGUGGACGUCAUGCAUUGAAAAUCAAAAUGCUUGAGGUACAAUACAUGUAUUAA